UGCUGUCCGUGACGUAACGGAGGGGGAGAGGCGGGGCUUAUAUGUCGUGUUGAGCCUCCGUGAAUUUCCGAUAGAACCGGUCUGGAUGUCUUUCAUUCAUCAGCACAUCGGUGCGUUUCCUGCAGCCCUGUAACCGGAGACCACACCGCUUCCUUUCACCGGCUUUCAGGAUUCCUCCGUCGGCAUCAUCCGCGGACAGCGUGGGAAUAAUGGAGCUUGCUUUCGUACAGCAGAGUGAUAUGCUAUAAUGAUUGCAUCAACAUGGAGCCCACAGACAGGAAGCACUGGAACCAAGGAUCAGCCCAGAAGACAUGAAUGAUUUUGCUGUGGAUGUGAUCAUCACUUGACCAACAGGAUAAUCUGCUGAAGAACAUGUUAUUUAAAGAUGAAGAUUGAUACCAGCCUGACUAUGCCCCAGCUCCCAGAGGCCCUGGCCCAAGCUGGCCUCCAAUUCGCUGUGGCCACUGAGGAGGACUUUGAUGAAAUCAUGUCAAUGAGCCAGGACAUCUAUGGAGGCCUGGACUACCUUCCCACCAGAUACUCCAGCUGGCUGCAGGAUACCAACCGUACAGUUAUACUGGCCCGCAAACAAGGAAAAGUGAUUGCUCUGGAGUCAGUGUGUGUGAUUGAUGAUGGGGAGACCAUGCUGGUGGAGGGUCUUCGUGUGGCACCCCAGGAAAGGGGAAAGGGUGUGGCCGGAGUUCUGCUGCGCUUCUGUUCUGAGCUGGUCAAAUCCAAGUACCCGGAGGUGAAAGUGAGCCGGCUGACCCGUGAUGACCAGAUGGGACCCAAGGACUUUCAAAAGUACCGCCUCAUAACUAAGCAGGGUAUCCUGCUGGUUCGCUUCAGAGCUGAAGACCUGAAACUACGACUGUCUGAGUUCAGUUUGAGCAGAGACAUCUAUUCCUCUCUGUCCUCCAACCAUUCACCCGUGCGUCUUGAUGAUUCUUCCAUUACCCAGCUGUAUCUGACCACAGACCUGAUGCAGGGGGUCCUUCCUAAUUCCACCAUCAUACAAGACUGGCAGCCGUUCAAGCUUUUGGCCAGUAACAUCGCCAUCCUGCUAAAGAAGGACAUCGACUGGAUGGUGGAUGAUGUGUCCAGCCCCUCGGUGGCCAGUCUCUGUACCUUCCCCUUCAGGGUGCCCAUUGGUGACAACUGGUACUACCUGAAUAUCGACAUCUUUGGUAAAGACCUGAAUUUGGCCCAGCAGCAGUUCUUCUGCCACCUGCAGCGUCACACCGCCACCCUGAAGGGUCACGUGAUGUGCCAGAUUUUCCUGGACCCCCCCCUGUGGAAGCCCAUGGCUGAAUUCUGCCAUAACGUCCUGAAUGUUGAGCUGGUGAAGGAGUACACCGAGCAGUGUGUGGUGGAGUCAGAUGUAGUGUAGUUACAGGGGAUGAUGAUGAAGACAAAGAAAAACACAACCCUCUUUUCUGAGGAGAUAGAAACCAAGCAAACAAAACUUCAGAGAAUGCAGUAGAUUUCAUUAACGCACAAACCCAUAAAUGGUAGGAAGGUUAAAGGUCAUAGACACAUCCUGUAAUCACCUAAUUCUUUCGUCUUCUGAACGAUAGUCAGGUCUUUCCAGCAGGUCAGCGGCUGGUCAGUUGGCAGGUGAGGUGAAGGUUGCAUGAUGGCCCCUACAUGUGAAUCCCCUGGUCCAGACACAGAAUCAAUUAUUCAUCGUUUAGUUUCUGUGAUUAAAUGAUUACAGGCGUGUCUUUGAUCGUAGCUCCUGUUUCCUGUUUACCAGAAAUCAUUCAUUAGAAUUAUGAGCUUAGAAAAAAACUCAAAAAUUGGUAGAAGUGAUGCAACCUAAAAAUAGUUCAAACAUGCAAACACGCUUCUUAUGCUAAACCCUUUUUGUACCUUGACAGAAUUUUAGACCUUUUAAUUCUUUCUGUAAAUACUCAACAUCUGAGUGUGUAUUAGUCUGAGUUGGGUUUCUAAAUCUGCACAACUCUAAAGGCACUUUAUCAGAGCUACAGUCAGUCUACAUUCAGAGGAAAAGUUUAGGACAUGCUCAGAUACCUGAUCACACCUGACUUUUUCAUUUCAAGUGUUUAUAAAGAUUUACUGUAUAUAUGUUACUAAUUUAAUAUUUUCAUUUUAAUGCUGCAAUAAAAUUGACUUCUUAGGCUGUAAGAAAAAUCUAGGCUCAGUUAAUCUGAGACAGAAUGCUAACACUUCAAAGUCUAACAGAUACCAGAAAUAUAAAUAUGAACAAACAAGAAAAAGUCACCAUUUCAUUCAGUUUGAUUCAGCUUCAUACAGUCGGCCAUCUCAGGGCUCUUUGUUCGACUAUAUGCAGUUAAACUUAGACACUUGUGCAGUUUUUCUUAUUUUACUAUUUUUAUCUGAACAGAUCUGAGUUUUAUUUACAGGCAUUCAGAUCCAAAUGGUUGAGUUUCAGUCACAUGAGCUUUGUAGGUUCACGUACUUUCUGUCAACAAAGUGGUGGUCAACCAAACCAACAUAAGCGAUGAUGUUCAGGAAGAUCUGAGAUGUUGCCUGAGUAUUUCCUCAGUUUAGAUGUGAGUUCAGCUCUAGAGACCUUAAAAAGUUGAUCUUUGUUACGUCAUAGAUUCUUCUACGUUGUCUGUUGCUUCAGACCAGCUUCUACACAGCCAAGCAGAAGAAAACAUAGAAAAUCUUGAAGUGUGUGGAUGGUAGAAGUAGUAGGAAUUAAGACCUCUACUGACAAAUCCUGCAUUGUUUCUGCUCCAGGAAGUAUGACUUUUGGAGUUUUUAUAGCAUUGUUGCUAUGGCGACUGGCAGAGAUAAGUUCCUUUGAAGGAGUCCAGUUCAUGUCGUCUUAAUCAGAAAGAUUGCUAUGACAUCCUGGUGGAUGAAGAUAAAACAUUAGCUCAAUUUAAAAUGAGCUAAAAGUGAAGGACCCUAACCCGCUGAAGGAAAGGCAUUUCCAAACCUUUAACAAAGUGAUCUCUGAAACUCUGACAUGAUCUGACCAAGCUCCUUCUGAUCGCAAUCAGAGGUUCACAAGACACUUCUCAAUGUUUUUUUUUUUUUUUUUUUUUUAUUAUUAUUAUUAAUUAAAUCCUUGGCUUGCUCUCCCUUUGUAUGACUUCUUGAGGAACCCUGAAGGAACCUUCAUCAGUUUCAGGAUCUGAUCCAUUAGAACAACCAGAAACAGGACAAGCGUCACUGCGCUCUGGUCCACCAUCAGUGGUGAAGUUGACCACCACUUCCUGUUAACGUCAGGUGAAACCCAACUAUUGAAGGGUUAUUUUAGGAAGUACAAAUAUUUAAACUGUAUAACCCUCUAUUUCUGACUGACUUAUGUCAAAAAUUUUAUGUAGUACUUUCGGUUUGUCUACAAAAACGUCCUGUUUCAGGUGAUUAUUCGUUUGCAUUGAUUGGCCAUCUGAGACCGAACAGAUGUUUGAACUUAAUCCAUCUGGUUCUGUCUGCUUCUCUCAUCAAUGAGCUUGUUUACAUGAGCACCAAAAAUCUGAUCAUUGUCUUAUUUCUGGAGUUAUCAGAUUAUUCCAGUGAUCAUGUAGACAGAAUAAUAUGAUUAAGAGAAAUCAGAUUAACACAUGUAGAUUUCGCUCCAGUACUUCGAUGUCUUCCUACAUGUAGAACCAUAUAAAUGAUCUUUUUUUUUAGUUUUUAAAAGUCUGUGCAUAUGCAAAAAAAUUGCAUUACUUCUAUCUUUUCAACGUUUUCCAUUAAAAAUGUGGAACCAGCGCCAUCGCAUUGUGAGCAGAAUACAAAAGAAAAAAACUAAUAGUGUGGAGCAACAGGAAGUUGGAGUAAAGUAAAGCAAAACAAAAAUUCAAACCGUUUCUUCCAAACGCUACGAUGGGUAACGUGAGAUCACUAGUUAACAAAAUGGACGAGCCCGAGGUGUCUAACAAGGUCUCAAAAAGAAGAAUGUGCUUCACCGAGACAUGGCUGCACCUUCCGGAUCUAUGUGUUUAUAGACUGCUCUAAGACUGUACGAGUAGACUGCGAUAAGAAAAUCAGAGGAAAGCUAAAGGAACGUGGAAAUGCAGAGCUUCUUAACCACCAUUGGUGCCAUCCUGGACAUGCGACUGUAAAGGAGAAGACCUGCACAAGGGAUAUGGAACUGUUAGAUGUGAGUUUUUGUCUAUAUUAUUUACUCAGAGAGUUUAUCUGUGUUUAUUGUGAUAACGGUUUAUAUCAUCCCUGGUACGGCUCCAAAUACAUUAUCCUAACGAUGCGGUUUCUGGGUCUUCAACUACGUCAACCUUUCUGCUACAUUACCAACAUUCCAGCAGUUUGUCAGCUGCUCCACCAGAUAAAAAAUAAGAUGUUGGACUUAUUUGUAUGGAAAUGUUAAAAAUGCAUCCAGCUCCUCUGCCCAUCCUCCUUUAGGAAGAUCAGACCAUAAUGUGGUUCUUCUUACCUCCAUCAACAAGGCAACCAGUCAUCACACAGACCGUUAAAACUGGUCUAAUGAAGCUGAAGAUGCUUUGAGAGGGUAUUUUUAGGCCACGGACUGGAAUGUCCUGGAGCCACAUGGACAUGACUGAGUGGGUGACAGAUUAUGUCAACCUCUGUGUGGACAGGAUUGUCCCAACAAGAACAGUGAGAUUUCCCACUAACAAACUCUGGAUCACCAAGCUUUCAGGGAUGGAGACGGAAUUAUUGAAGACAACACAAAACCAACUCAAAACAAAGAUUAAGAAGUGCAGGGAGAACUACUACUGGGAAAAGUUAGACAACCAGCUCCAGGAACUCCACCACCACCACCACCUUUAGUUGAACAGACCACACCUCAAUGAGCCACACCUUUCCCGUCACACCUCCACUCUUAUUCAUGAUUGAGCCCAGCUUAUUCAUGGAAUUUAGUCAUGGGGUAUAUCAGAGACAGAACUGGUCAGACUGGAAUGUCCUGAAACAAUGACCUCAUCUUCAACCCAAACAAAAUAGAACAAAGCAUCCUGGGAGAAAAGGUGGAGGCGGUGGAGAAAUACAAGUACCCUGGGGAUCAGCUAGACAACAGGCUAGACUGAAAUGCAACACAGAGGUAAAAGUAGACUCUACUUCUUAAUGAAGAUCAUUCAGUGUCUGCACCAAAAUGUUGCAUAUCUUCUGUAAGUCUGUUGUGGGAAGUGCAAUCAGGUUUCCAGCCAUCUGUUGGGGAACCGUCAGAGUCGGAGACUUAAAGUUACUGAACAAAUUUAUCAAAACAGCUGGUUCUGUGCUAAGGAUGACUCUGGAGCCGCUCCAGCUGAUUGUCCAGAACAGGAUGCUGCACAAGUUGCUGAAAAUAAUGGAUAAUUGUUCUCAUCCUCUACAUAACAAAGUGGAGAAGCAGUGUGAGGCUUCGUCAGUCCAAUGCAAGACAGAAAGCUACUGGAGACCAUUCCGGCCAGCAAUCAGCACCCUCUCUAACAAAGCACUAAAUUCUUCUAAUCAAUUAUUGUUGUUUUUAUUCACAAAAAAACAUUGUAGGAACUUAUGUCACUACAUACUCUGGAAGAAAUUUGAUAAUAGACUGGAAAAUGUAGACCAGGGCUUUUUGAAUACCACAUUUCAGAUACCACAUUUUCAGAUGUCUCAGCUCUGAUUAUUACAGUAAUCUGAUUACUCCCAGUUAUCAGAUUUAAAUGGUCAUGUAAACAGACUCACUUAACUCACAGGCCAUCAUAGGUUUUACAGAUGAUGUUGGUUUGCCCCUAAUUCUGGUCGUCCUGUUACAGCCCACACCUGUAACAGCUUUUUAACUAAUGACCGGAUUACAUGUCAGAUCCUGAAAAAGGGUUCUACAUAUAAAAAGCUGUAAUUCCUCUUACAUCAUUUAGACGACGGGUGAUCUAAAUGAUCAAACUUUGGUGUAUUUAAGGUUAAAAUUUGUUGUCUGGAAGCAGCAGUUUAACUGGAGAUUAACCCCCUAAAACAGUUUCAGGGCUCCAUCUCAUUGACUGGCCAAAGCUCUACGGAGGGAUUCCAAUUAGAAAAGAAAUCUCAGAGUCAUCCUCCGUCCCUCCAUCCCAGACUGAAAGGUUUUCCUCAAGAAUUUAUCUCACUGUCCAAGUCUGCAACAUGUAUGCAUAGCUCUGUUCAGCUCCACUGGAUGGACGAAUAAUCUGUUUUGGGAGUGUUUUAAUGAUGAGUUGGAAAGAAUGAGUUGUAAUUACCUUUAUGAUCCUAUAACUUUGCAUUUAGGACAAAUAUUAAGUUAAUUCUUUUCCAACAAAUUAGGACCAUACAGUGCUUUACAAAAUGUUCUUUCACUCUGGCAUUUCUCCUCUUUUGUUGCAUUAAAACCUGGAAUUAAAAUGGA